CCCGGCAGGGGAGGGCCCUCUCCGCACGCCUUCUGCGGGGUCAGGCGGCAAAGGAGGAUCGCGGCGAUGGCUCCGAGCAAGGAAUGCGGGACGGAAGGAAGCCUCGGCCGCGGGGUCCGCAAAGGCAUCCGGGCUGUGCUGCUCGGGCCGCCUGGGGCGGGGAAGGGGACCCAGGCCCCUCGGCUAGCUGAGGCCUAUUGUGUGUGUCACUUGGCGACAGGUGACAUGUUGAGAGCUAUGGGCUCUGGCUCGCAACUGGGCAAAAAGCUGAAGCAGACGAUGGAUGCUGGAAAGCUGGUGAGUGAUGAAAUGGUGGUGGAGCUGAUUGACAAGAACCUGGAGACGCCUUCCUGCAAGAAUGGUUUCCUUUUGGAUGGGUUUCCUCGCACAGUGCGACAAGCUGAGAUGCUGGAUGAGCUCAUGGAAAAGAGAAAAGAGAAACUAGAUUCUGUCAUUGAAUUCAGUGUUGCUGACUCCUUACUCAUCCGGAGAAUCACUGGACGGCUCAUCCACCCAGCAAGUGGCCGCUCAUACCAUGAGGAAUUCAAUCCUCCUAAGGUCCACAUGAAGGAUGAUGUCACCGGGGAGCCCUUGAUACGCCGGUCAGAUGACAAUGAAGGAGCUUUGAAGACUCGUCUGCAGGCCUACCACACCCAGACGUUGCCGCUGGUUAACUACUAUAGCAGGCGUGGGAUCCAUACGGCUGUGGAUGCUUCCCAGUCCCCUGAUGUGGUUUUUGCCAGCAUCCUAGCAGCUUUCUCAAAAGCAACAUCCGCAUGAAUCCAGGAGGUGGACGAGACAGGACAGAACACCAUCGAGUGCUGCAUGUUCAUCACCCUCACCCUUUUGCCCUCAAGGCAAGGGGGCAAAGGAAGGGAGGGCAAGGAAAGGGGCAGGAAGCUCAAGUGGUAACUUGACAGGAAUUCUGUUUUAAGAAAGUCAAACCAAAAUUUAGGGAGGAAAAUGUGUACUGUAUUGUGUUGAAAUGGGCUUGUAAAGGCUGGAUAUCACCAUAGCUCUGACUCUAGACAGUUGCAUUGUAAAAAUUUAACUUGGCAGGGAGGGGAAGCUAUCUUGGACCCAGUUGCUUUUCCUGGGAUGGUCCCAGUGAUUUAGGAAGUUCACUGGAGGCGCAGCACAGAAAUCAACAGACUAUGCACUGCAAGAAAUCCGCUCAAAGGCUUCUCUAAGCCCAGGCGUUCCAGCUGUACACAAGUCCUUGUUUCUGCUGUGCCUUUUCUCCACGUAGCCUCCACUUGGGGUGGACAAUUUUGGCCUCGGGUAUAACGGCUCUUUCAAUCACUCCCGCUGCAGAGAUGCUGCAGAAUUCCUGCAUCAGCAAUUGGCAUCUGAAGUUGUCACCUUCUGGAUGGGGCAGUGCUGCCUGCUUUACUGUUCAGAGUAGUAUUCACUUAAAUACUGAAAGACCAGAACCAAGAACACUCCCCCUGCCCUCAAAUAACUGCAGCUUCCAGUUCUUUUACUUGCCAUCCUUUUAGGGCCCACCUGCUGCUUCAAUAAAAUGGCUGUCACUUUUGUAACUGAA